UUCGGCCGUGACGGAUUCUCUUCGCGAGAUGAAACUGGCGAGGAAGGCGGAUACGCGACGGAUGGCAGCGCUAUCGACGGAAGCUCGUCAACAGCUACUAGAGCUAAAGCGACGUUCUGAUUUGGAGCGGAUGCUGUUGCCAGAUGCGCCACCUCGCAAACGGCAAACAAAGCGGGUAUCUCCAGAACGUCAGCAAUGCGUAAUGGUUGCACCAGUCGACGAGCUAUGUGACGAAUUCAACCCCGUAGAGCCAACUCAGGUCGUGGCCUCGACGUCCAGAGAAGCUGAAUUUUUGGGAAGAUUUUUAUUUCAGACAG